AUGGCCAAUUCCGGGUUCCCGGCGGAGCUGGCGUCCAAAGACCGCAGCAAGAAAGUGCAGAUCGUUAUCUGGCUCCUCAUAGCAUUGUCCGGUCUUUUCCUAGCUCUCAGGGUAUACUGCAAAUUUCUGAGGCACCGCGGGCUUUGGUGGGACGACAACUUAUUGAUUGCCUCAUGGGUUCUUCUCCUAGGAGACACCAUCUGCUCUGCCAUCAAUAUUGGGAAGGGCUUCGGCAAACAUAUUAUGUUUAUCAAGCCCGAGGACUUGCCCAGUAUGGGUCUCGCCAGUAACUUUGCAGGCACAUUCGCCAUUAUCGGCGUCAUAUUGAGUAAAGACUCAUUCGCCCUUACGCUACUCCGCAUCACCAUUGGCUGGCCUCGGUACGUCAUUUGGUUCGUCAUAGCUACCAUCAGCUCCAUGAUGGCCAUUGUCGCCGUCUUCACAUGGACGACGUGUACGUCACCCGGCCAGACAAAUUGUGUCAGCUCAGAUGUGUUUGUCAAUUUCAGCACCUUCGCUGGUGCAUAUUCGGCAGCCAUGGACCUGGUAUUGGCGAUAUUACCGUGGAAAAUGAUCUGGGGCUUGAAGAUGGAUACCAAGGAGAAGAUUGGUAUUAGCGUGGCUAUGAGUCUGGGAAUUUUCGCUGCCGUCACAUCGGUCAUGAAGAGUGUUUCGAUCCCCAGUCUAGCAACCGGGGACUUCACUUACGACGGAGUGGAUCUCCUCAUCUGGGGCAAUGCCGAAGUUGCCACGACUAUCAUGGCCGCCUCAAUCCCCGUCCUUCGCGUGCUUAUCCGUGACGUCGCUGCCGCUGCCACUACGGGCCACUACUAUAGCUUCUCCAACAACAACACCAAGAGACGUCGCAAGGGAACAUCGGUCACCGGGGGAAAUAGCACUGCCGUUGACUCCGCUAUACAAAAUGUUAUAAUACAUAGCCCCGUGGGCGGGGAUGGCGAAAGUGGAAAAAGUAUUCUGGAGGGGGGCGAAAGGAAAGAAAGGAAAGAGUCGAGCAGGGGAAUCGUCCAGACGACUGAGGUUAGGAUUCAAUUCUCCGAUGCUAGUCUUGAUGACGGGCACAACGGAGAUGACUUCGAAAUGAGGACUCUUAAUCGUUUGGCCUAA